CCAACGUCCACUCCUACUAUAGUUCGGUAAUUGCGCCAUGUCUAAACCAAGUUUCCAGCUUCCUAAGAUCUACGCAGGCCAAGAUGGCUGGGGUCCCACAAGCGACGUGGUUCCUCUUCAGCUUCGUGACAUUCCUUAUGCCCCUUACAGCAAGGGUGAUAAGCUCGGCCGUGUUGCUGAUUGGACGAACCCAGAUGCACAAAAACAAGAUAACCGCGAACAAACCGGUCGCACUGGACGCACUGGAUUCAACCGCUUCAACAGAGAUCAACACCAGGCUUACGGUGCCUCAUUUGCCUCGACCUUUGCUUACACUCAUACCGAAGACGAAUCGUCGUUCUCUGUUGUCGACAACCGAUCGGCUGCAGCAAAGAAGAUGGCUCUCAAAGCUGCUGGUGGUGGUCAGCGUGGACGUGCCCAGGGCAAGCAAGCUUCUACUGGCGCUCCUGGCUACCGUACUGUGAACCAGCGUGGCGGCGCUGGUGGCAGACAACAGCAGGGCAGAAGAAAGUAUGGCUACAAGGACUAUGACAAGCCUCAGCGUGUGCGCAACGCCUCUAUCAACAUUGGCGCUGACUGGAAGAUUUUGGAUGAAAUCGAAUUCAGCCGAUUGAGCAAGUUGACAUUCGGUAUUCCUGAAGCUGAAGACGUUGGCUCGUUCGGUUCAAUCAGCUUUUACAACAAGGCAUUUGACCGUGUCAACACCAAAAACGAUAAACCUUUGCAACACAUUGAGCGCGUCAAGUACGACACGACGACUUCUGAAGAUCCCAUCAUCCAGCAAUUCUUGCAGGAUGACAAGGCCACUGUUUUCGCCACUGACGCUGUCUUGUCCUUGCUGAUGUGCUCCACACGUACUGUCUACCCCUGGGACAUUGUUGUCAAGAAGGUUGGCGGCAAGGUGAUCUUGGAUAAGCGACCCAACGGCGUCUUCGACUAUGUCACUGUCAACGAAAACGCUGCCGACCCACCCGCUGAGAGCGAUAAGGACACUGUCAACUCGUGGUCGGCGUUGAGCAACGAAGCCACGUACAUCAACCAAAACUUUGCACGCCAGGUCCUGGACGCAAAGACCCAGCACAAAUUCGCAAAACCCAACCCAUUCGCAUCCGAAGAUACCAAGGACAAACUUGCCUCGUGUGGUUACCGUUACAGAAAGUUCGACUUGACCAGCAGUGCUGCUGAGGAAGAUGCCGAACGAACUUAUCUGAUCGUUCGUACUGAAGUCGAUGCUGCCAUCAAGCUGGGUGGCCAGACCUCAUUGAUGACCGUCCGUGCUUUGAACGAAUUUGAUCCCAACGCACAAGGUUCUGGUAACUCGCUGCCAUGGAAGAAGAGCUUGGACUCGCAGCGCGGUGCUGUUGUUGCUGCUGAAAUGAAGAACAAUGCCGCCAAGUUGGCUCGAUGGGCCGUCCAGGCUAUGCUUGCUGGUGCUGACCAGCUCAAGCUUGGUUAUGUUGCUCGUCAGGAUCCAAAGAACAACAACCGCCAUGUUAUCUUGGGCACUCAGGCAUACAAGCCCAAGGACUUUGCUUCUCAGAUGAACUUGUCUCUUAACAACGGUUGGGGUAUUGUCAAGGCUGUGGCUGACAUGUGUCUUCAGCUUGCUGAGGGUCAGUACAUCCUGUUGAAGGAUCCCAACCGACCGAUUCUCCGCAUCUACGCUGUUUCACAAGAGGAUUUGGAGGAGAACGACGAAUCUGAGGAGGAGGAUGUACAGGAGGAUGGCGAGAAGGAAAAUUAAUUCAACAACAAGAAAUCAAAAAAUUCUUUUUUUUAAUAUAAAAGUG